UGUUAGCUCCAUAGAAUAAUUCGGGUAACAAAAUCCUCCGGUAACGUCAACAGUAAAAGAUUAAAUGAAUUUUUGUGAGUCAGAAUUGAAGCACGCAUAACAAAAUAUUGUUAAGAAAUGAUUUUCGAAGCGCGAGACAGAAGAAGAUGGGGCUCGUGGAGGGAAAACAGACAUGUGCGCGCGAGUGAACUGCGGUGCCAGUGAUGCUCUGUAACUAAAUUCCGAUUGUGUCAACAGUACAAUCUGCAUUGCUAUGCAAAAAUAUGACAAACAGCGAAUAGUUGCACUCACCGGAAGUAUGGACCCCGGUGUGCUCAUAUUUUUAUUAUACAUCCUGAUAGCGCACGAGCUGGUGUGUGGACUGAUACAGUAUAGAAGACAAGCAGCCAAGCCACAUAAACGCCGGAUGUGCUGCUCCAGUGCCCGUGUCUGUCAUGGAGCGUGGAAAGUCAGUGGCCAGACAUGGCGGACCGAGAAACGAGACUUGAAGAAAAGCGGACGUAUCAUCAUCAGGAAAGCAUGAGAAGCGGCUGUCGAUGAUAUCCAUAUAAUUCACACAUUCAUUUUAUUGUAAAGUUAACUGUAGUGGUAAUGGGUCAAGUUUACUUAUCUCUCAAUUACUGUAACUGUGGACAUAUUUAAUUAAAGCUGAAGUGUGUUAAAAAUGCUUUCAUCUAUCCCCCACUAUGUAAAGUGCUUUGAGUGUCUAGAAAAGUGCUUUAUAAAUGUAAGCUUAAUAAGCAGAGACAAUUACAAGUUCAUUUCCCCCAUAAAUUGUAAACACUGUUGCUCUGUUGCUAUCAAAACAUUGCCCUUUUGUUUGAGCAGCCCAACAUAUAUUUGGCUCAACCAAAGGUGUGAGUUUGGGGCGGGGCUAUCUUUUAUAUUUAACAGCAAAAUUAGGUUGUCUGAAUACUGGAAAACCUGCCCUGUAAAAUCUAAUUUGUUGACCUUAGACAAGGUUCAGACCCUAGCAAAGGUGUCCUGGGAACUGAUCACAAAUUUGCUCAUGUGCACCUGAGCAUGGAAUUUAUUCCCAGAGUGCUUGAAAGAGAAUGAAUCUAUGCCAUAUAACUUUGAAUGAAAAGCAUUUGCUAAAUGAUGACAAAUUAGAUUCGCAAGCUUGAUUUUUAUGUGAUUCUUGUCCAUUUUUGUAUCAAUAUUUCUGCCCUUGUCAACGUUUUUUAAAAUAAUUGCAGCUACUUGUUUUGUAUGUUACAAGUCUUGUAUCUUGUGCACUCAGCACAUGCUAAACAAGUGUUCUCCAGGAUAAUCACAUCUAAAAUUUACAUCAAAGUUUUGGACUUUCCUAGUUUAGCAUGUUCAUGUUCAUCUUUGAUCCUGCCUGAUCAGAAAGGUUUUCAUUUACUCUUUAAUAUGCCAGCAAGUACAUAUAUAUAUAUUUUAAUUAAACUAUGAGGACACUAUAUGCUAAGUAGGCUAUAUAUACAGCAUACCAUUUUGGGUGUUUUGUAUUACUUUUAUUUUUAUCUGUAUCAUACAGCGUAUAUGUGUUUUGCUAGUGACAUUUUAUUUGCAGCGUUUUCUCUGCUUAAUUGGUGGUGUCCUAAAGUGAUUGAUGUGCUCAGUAAAAUGCAUACAUGCAAUAUCUAUUUAAAGAACUGAGACUGUGUUUGUUCAUGGGGAUUUUUACAGAGGCCAGUGAAAUAAUCAGCUUUGGUAAUCAGGUAAUUUACAGGGUUGUUAUGGCCAGUUUUAGCAGGUCUCCAACAGGGACCUCUUGCCUGCAUUUUUGGCUCAUCAGAAAUUAAUUGAACUGUAAAAACUCUGGUCCUCUGUGCCUUCUUUGUGCUGAUGUUUCACUUGACAAUUGAAACCUGCUAUGUAAAAAAUCAUCGCAUUAACCAUAGUGUGUAAAUGUUGUGUGCAUGGGAACUGAGCUGAGAAUAUUGUCCCUGCAAGUAGAUUUAUUUGUCUUUGAAAAUACUGCACUCUCAGAAAAAGGUACAGGUAUAAAGUUGUCACUGGGGUGGUACCCUUUUUUAAUACCUCUUUGUACCCUUAAGGAGACCUAGUGGAGCAAAACUAAUAAAUGAACCUUUAAAGGUACACAACAGGUCCUUAGGGUAAAAUUUUGUACCCAAAAUGAGUUUAAGCCUCAGUCACUACUCACACCCAUUGAAUGGAAAAAAGGUGCAAUGAAAGUGAGUGGUGACUGAGGCUAGCAUUCUGCUGAACAUUUUCUAUUGUGUCACGUAGCUUUACUUCUAUCUUUCUCCAUAAUCACAGGUCUGUGCUGAGAAUUGCUUUGAAAGACAAAGCAAAUGCACACAAUUGCCACAACAAUGCAGAAUGUUUAGGUGAACAUGCAGGUUUAUGUUUUGUCAUCUCAUGGUGCAUUGGGGGUUGGAAAUCAUGAAUCAGGCAUAUCUUUUCUUAAGUCAUGUGCCACAUAAGCUUGAUUACAGGAUGCCUUAAACUUGACUGUUUCAGUGUUCAUAUGGAGUGGAUCCAAUUAUAUCUUAUAAACUUCUCUGAAUUCACUGUUUACUGUAAAUCUGGUCCAGCAUGUCUUACUUAUCUGACAGCUCUGUUCUCAACAAGGCCCUGCGCCAGCAAUACCUCAGUUUACCUCAGGGAGACUUCUGUCAGGUCACUUAUAUCUGGAUCGAUGGCUCUGGAGAGGGUCUGCGUAGCAAGACUCGAACCAUGGAUUCCGAACCAAAGAGCAUAGUUGAUCUACCAGAAUGGAACUUCGAUGGUUCCAGUACAGGGCAGGCUGUAGGCUCCAACAGCGACAUGCUUCUGAUUCCAGUUUGCAUUUUCAGGGACCCCUUCCUUUUGGACCCUAACAAACUAGUCCUGUGUGAGGUGCUUAAGCACACCAGAGAAGCUGCAGAGUCGAACCAUCGUAACAGCUGUAACAAGGUCAUGGAGAAGGUCAAAGAGGUCCACCCUUGGUUUGGCAUGGAGCAAGAGUAUACUCUUUGUGGAGUGGAUGGACACCCUUUUGGCUGGCCUAGACUUGGUUACCCCAAGCCACAAGGUCCAUAUUACUGCAGUGUUGGUGCUGACAGGGCCUUUGGCAGAGACAUUGUGGAGUGCCAUUAUAAAGCCUGUCUGUAUGCUGGUAUUAAAAUUUGUGGCACUAAUGCAGAGGUCAUGCCCUCUCAGUGGGAAUUCCAGGUGGGACCAUGUGAAGGUAUUGAGAUGGGAGAUCAUCUGUGGAUGGCCCGUUUCGUUCUAAACAGGGUGUGUGAAGAUUUUGGGGUGGUGGCCACUUUAGAUCCAAAACCCAUGAAAGGAGAUUGGAAUGGAGCCGGUUGCCACGUCAAUGUGAGCACUUUGCACACAAGAGAGGAAGGAGGGAUUGGACAUAUCGAGAAAGCCAUUGAGAAACUGAGAAAGCGUCAUGCAGAGCAUAUUCGAGUCUACGACCCACAAGAUGGCGAGGAUAACAAGCGCCGCCUUACAGGUUUUCACGAGACCCCAAGCAUCAAUGAAUUCUCAGCAGGUGUUGCUAACCGAGGGGCCAGCAUCCGUAUCCCCCGCCAGGUUGCUCAAGACAAAUGUGGUUACUUUGAGGAUCGCCGUCCUGCUGCCAACUGUGACCCAUAUGCCGUGACCUGCGCAAUCGCCCGCACCUGCAUGCUGGAGGAGGAAGACGUCUAUUAAUUGGAAUAAUACUUUCUACACAGGGUUGGGAGGGUUACUUUUUUAAUGUAAUCUGUUACAGAUUACUGAUUACUUAACAAUAAAUCCAAUCAGUAACGUAAUCCAAUUACAGCAAUAUGAAAAUAAUGUAAUCAGAUUACUUUUGGAUUACCACAAGGGCACAUAUGUAAAUAAAGUCAAGAUAAUAAAUCUAUAUGAUCUCUAAAACUUUAAAUUAUGCCUUGAAUGCAAACAGAACAUGUGAGUAAUAUUAUAAGUACUGUUGUAGUUGUUAUUAUAUCUAAGGUAAAGAAACAUGUACACUGCACCCUACCAAGAAGACAUAAAAUGAGCCGUUAAUGUAGAGCAAUUCAGUAUUUUAAAGAAAUCAGGUGAUUUCUCUGUCUGCUACAGAAAAAUAAAACGUAUCAUCAAGCAAAUAUAAUCAGAACAGAUGCACUGAAUUAUGUCUUGGUUAACAUUAAACUAAAUCUGACAGGAUAUACCUCAGAUUCAAAAACACUGCAAAGUGUAAUUCUACCAUGUAUUGCAUUUAGUGUGUACAGGCAAUUGUAAUUUGCACUAUUCAUUAACUUCAGACUGUAUUCAAUAGGUAGAUCACAUGUUAUCGUCAUCAUCGUUAUUAUUAUCAUAAUUAAAUGCUGGACAGUGUCUUUCCUCUGCUUGCUCAUGAUCCGAAGUCAAACAUCACCAGCUAACAGUUUAUGGCUGAUAUACAGGUGCAUCUCAAUAAAUUAGAAUG